AUGCCAUUUUUGACUGUAUUUCCUUCGCGUUCUAUCUGCUUUCUCACAGCCUGUCGCGGCUCUAAAGCUUCACGUGGACAAAACCAACAGGGAAUAAAAGUUUCCAGUGUAGAUGGAGCACAGUCAGCCAACCGCCGACUCCCCGGUAAUCUAUCAAAUACGCAUUCCGCUCAGAACUUGACAGAACCCGUGCGACUGAACACCUAUCCGGACAGUUCAGUUUUGACAGAUCCUCAAAUGACCGGGCCACGACAGGCACCGAUGACCACAGCCGAUGCUGAGAACACAAUGCCCAACUCCUCAAUAAAACCAUCCAACACGACUCCCGCACCGAAUACGGUGGCUGCAACUAUGUACGAUCCGGCUGUGGUACAGUCAUAUCUUGCUCAGGUUCAGGGAUAUUUACCUGGACUCCCUUGUUCCGCACCGCAUUGCUCGACAUGCUAUCCAGUGUUAGAUUCUACGAAUUACAUCAACAACGCAAGCCCACCCGCUGUACAGCAACCGAUGCUGUUGACACGGUCGCUUCUCGGGGGUGUAGGUUCAGCCAGAGCUAGUGGCACAUCCGCACCACCUUCUUGCUAUCUUUGGUUAGGUCAGGAUGCGGAGGCCCAAAAGCAAAUAUAUCAAGCCCAACUGGCCCUUUCACAACUCAGUCUUAACCCAAUCACUCCGGGGAUAGCGCAGAACUAUGCUGUGGCCUCGGACUGUUCCACCGGGGUGCCUUUGGUUCCAACGAAUCCAACGGGUGAGCCGGCAUCUGGAGGUGGGCAGUUGUUGAAUUCAGUAAGUAAUAUUUGCACGUGCAUGUCGAUCUUGGUAUUGGUUAUAAUUUUCUAUAAAAAAGCAGGGUAA